AUGGUUGAUGGUGGAUGUGGUCAUGAAGAUGGUGGUGAUGCUGGUGGUGCUGGUGCUGGUUUUGGCUGUGAUGAUAGUGGUGGUACUGGUGAUUAUGAUGGUUAUGAUGGUGGUUGUCAUGAUGGUGUUGGUGGUGGUCCUCGUGGUGCUGGUGCUCAUGGUAGUGGUGCUGGUGGUGGUCAUGAUCGUGCUGGUGGAUGUGAUGCUGAUGCUGAUGGAAGUGGUGCUGAUGCUGGUGGAGGUGGUGCUGGUGAUGGUGGUAGUUUGCUGGUGAUGGUCAUGAUGGUGCUGCGUGUCCCACCAGCUGGUCAGAAGUGA